UGGCAGGUCCACACAGGCGCUGUCAGUUCACUGACAGGAAAGCACAAACGCUAUCAGCAUGGCGGAGAUUGGCGUAAACAAGAAUGCUUCUACAGAUGAGCUACAGAGCGUCGUGGGUAAAGGAAAAUUUAAAAGAGCCGAAGACAUCUUGUUUUACAAGAGACAGAAAGCCAGAGCUGAGUCUCAGUACUGUGCCUUACUGGACACUUUAGUCCUGCAAGAGAGAGCAGCUGCUGUGGAGCUGUGUGAGUCCUACUCUCAGGAACAUUUGCUUCUUCUAAUCCAUGAAAUUCCUAAUGGAUCUCUGAGGUUUAAGAUUGAUGAACUGCAGCCUGUCCGACCUCGCUAUAAAGCUGCAGAUGUCUUGAUUGGAGAACCCGAAUAUGAGCAGUUGAGGAUUGAGUGGAAGAGAGCUGACUGUGUUUCUCUGACCUGGGGUUCAGGGCAGUACCAUGUCCAGGUCUUUGCUUUCCCCUUCCACUUAGAGAUUCUCUAUGAGGGCGAGGCGAUUGUCACAUUUAAUCCUAAAGGCAGACUCUGCUUUGAGACACUGUGUAAUCCAGCCAGGCCAUCCUCCAGUUCAUAUCAGGGUGAAGAAAAUCCUUUAGGGCUGUGGAAGGAGACUUUCACACAGUUUCAAGACAUCAAUGCAAAAGGUCACAGUUCAGUGGGUAUUGACCUUCGGCUCCAUGGUUUCAGCCACGCUUAUGGUAUUCCUGAGCAUGCAGAUUCUCUCCAGUUGAAGGACACCAGUGGCAGUGAACCGUAUCGAUUGUACAACCUGGAUGUGUUUGCCUAUGAGAUCAACAGCAGACUGGGGCUUUAUGGUUCUGUUCCUCUUCUGAUAGCUCACAAGCCAGACAGGACGCUGGGGGUGUUCUGGCUCAACACCUCUGAAACUCUGGUAGAUCUGCAGUAUGGCUCAAGCUAUCAGGAGCAGGGAGAGGAUGGCCCACCAGUGAAGAAGAGCAGGGAAAAUCCUCAAAUCGAUGUGGGCUGGGUGUCAGAGAGUGGACAAAUUGAUUGUUUCAUACUGCUUGGACCUUCACCGACCCAAGUGUUUUCUCAGUAUGCACAACUCACAGGAUACCAAGCCUUGCCACCUUUGUUUUCCCUGGGAUAUCACCAGUGUCGCUGGAGCUAUAAGGAUGAAGAGGACGUGAAAGCUGUGGAUGCUGGCUUCGACUGCCAUACCAUCCCUUAUGAUGUAAUCUGGCUGGACAUAGACCACACUGAAGGGAAACGCUACUUCACCUGGGAUUCCAAACUGUUUUCUCACCCAGUGGACAUGCAGCUCCAUUUGCAGAGAAAGAAAAGGAAGAUGGUGGUUAUCAAUGAUCCCCAUAUCAAGGCUGACCCUGAUUGGCCUUUUUUUUGUGAAGCCAGAGAUGGUGGCCAUUUUGUGAAAGACAGCAAUGGUGGUGUUUAUCAUGGAACAUGCUGGCCAGGCGAUUCCUGCUACUUGGACUUCAGUAGCUCAAGGACAAGGUCGUGGUAUGCCAGACAGUUUUCACUUGACAAGUAUAAAGGGUCUACAGGGUCCUUGUUUGUGUGGAAUGACAUGAACGAGCCCUCUGUCUUUAAUGGACCAGAGCAGACAAUGCCUAAAGACGUGGUUCAUUGCUCAGGCUGGGAACACAGGGAAUUACACAACCUGUAUGGCUUUUUCCAGCACAUGGCAACUGUUGAGGGUUUGAUAACUCGCUCUGGUGGCUUGGAGAGACCAUUUGUUCUGUCACGCUCCUUCUUUGCUGGGUCUCAGAGAAUGGGUGCUGUAUGGACAGGGGACAAUGUUGCUACCUGGGAGUAUUUGAAGAUCUCAAUCCCUAUGCUGUUGUCAUUGAGUGUCACUGGAAUGCAGUUUUGUGGGGCUGAUGUAGGAGGCUUUGUGCAGAAUCCAGACCCAGAGUUGCUGGUGCGCUGGUACCAGGCGGGGGCGCUGCAGCCUUUCUAUAGAGGCCACUCAGAUAGACGGACCAAGCGGCGGGAGCCCUGGCUGUUUGGGAGCACAGUCACUUCAGCAGUGCGAUCAGCAAUCCAACAGAGAUACUGCCUCCUGCCUUACUGGUACACUCUCUUUCACCUAGCCCAUACCUCAGCAUUGCCCCCAAUGAGACCUCUGUGGGUGGAGUUCCCGAAGGAGACAGAAACCUUCACUGUGGAAAACCAGUACAUGAUUGGCAGUGCACUCCUGGCCUGUCCUGUGACUGACCCAGGAGUCACAGCAGUCAAGAUUUUACUGCCAGGGUCAGAUGAGCUGUGGUAUGAUGUCAGCAACGGUGAGGUGCACAGAGGAGGAAAGACUCUGACACUUCCUGUGACUCUGGAGACGGUACCUGUGCUGCAGCGUGGAGGAACAGUUGUGACCAGGAGAACAGGCUGUGGUUCCUGCACUGCUGAUCUCCAGCAGCAUCCCUUCACUCUUACUGUUGCUCCAGACUUGGAGGGCAAUGCGGAAGGUCUGCUGUAUGAGGAUGAUGGACACUCGUUCAGCUAUAGGGACAAAAAGCAGUUCUGCUUGCGUAAAUUCUCUCUGCAGACUGGUAGACUGAUUAGCAGCUGUGCAGAUGAAGAAGCGCUCUUCAUCUCUGGUGGCAAACUGGAGUCAGUGGUGAUUCUGGGUCAGAAGAGUGUGAAAAGGAAACCUACUCUAAAAUCACGUGAGAUAUAUUUAUAUCACUGUGCUUAUUAUAAGUUCGGGGUGUCCCACAAGUCUCCAUAUAUAGGGGACUAUGUAUACCAGCACCAUGUUGGUUGUGUCUUCAUCAGUGGAUGCUGGUGAAAGUUCACUUCUAGGUUGGUUCGCAACACUUCCAGUCUUUCUGAAUUUGUUAAUGUUUGGCAGCAGUGUUGUGUGUGUUGUUGCCAUGUUUCCUGUCAAAGUCCAUCGCAACCUUGCAACAGUUUCCCAAUCCAACCAUGAAAAUACUUUUAAUACUUUUUAUUUUUUAUUAUUAUUUUUUAUUUUUGUCAAAUUAAUUUCUUAAAGGCGAUCUGGAAAAAUAUAUAUAAUCUAAACUAAGUAUGAAAAUAUUUUUGGAAGAAAAAUUUGCUAAAAAGUGUUAAUUUGUAUUUACCGUACGACUUUUGGGACACUGUACAGUCUAUUUGUUUUUAAGGUAGCAAUCACAUUGAUUAUACUGUUUUAUAGUACUCAUUUGGAAAUAUUAAUUCAUUCUGACAUGGAAGAAAGCCUACAGUAAAGCAUGUUGCAAUAUUUUGGACUGUAUUACUUUUUCCAUUCUGUAUUAAUCCAGUUCCUUUCUCAAUCCAGCUGCAGGGAAGAACACGGUUUCGUUUCAGUUUGAACCAAAGCAAGCUCUGUUGACGCUAACUGGUUUGGACCUGGAGAUACACACAGAUUGGGAAAUCAGAAUAUAACAACAUAUUAGUAGGUAGUUUAUUAAUAAUUAGCAGGAAAACAAUUCAGGGCCUUCUCUGUGCAUGUUCAGUUUUUCUAUAAAUGAACAUGGUUUUUUAUUGUUUUUAUGGCAAUAAUAGAUGUUUUAUUUUCAAAGGCACUUUGAUGUGUUUUUUAUGUGUUUAAGUUGUGUGUUCGACCGAGAAAAGCAAAUAAUUGUGAGAUCAAUUAAAUUUCUGAAUGGAAGUCAAAAGGGAAGUUGAAAAUUGAAGCAUUGUAAUCUAUCUGAUUUAUUUACUUCCUGUUUUGUGUUAAUAUCUGGCCAUAAAGCCCUGCACUACAUGGCCAUGAUUUAUGCAACAAUGCUAACUUUGUAAUGUUUUGUUACAUAAAGACAUGAA